GUUAACAACUAAUUGGAGAGUCGAUGCAAAGCCUAUGACUUAUAUUUCAUAGGAAUAACAAGUGAGAGAAUAUACUCUGUGUUAUUCCAGUGCAUUGGUGUCAACACCAUUCCCACUAUACAUACCUGUCAUAUACGCCCUAUGCUCUCGAGUCGACACUUCACAUGUAGACACAUAUCAGCCCACAGAUUAUGAUAUGGUAGCUCAAGACAUGACCACAUUAUGCCAGUGAUCCCUCUCUAGACAUAUCUAAAUCUGAUGGACAACUAUGGCUAAUACUGGCGGUUCCAGUGGUAUUCGUGCUACGACUGGUGUGACAGAUAUGCAGAACGCCAUUACAAUCAGCUACAUAUCAUCCAGUACAGAUAAUGGCACACAAUUAUCACCCAUUUUGCCACCGAUUAUCAGCACCACAUACUAUGACGAUAGUGGCUCCUGGAUGUUCUCUAGUCGUGAUAUACCGAUACUGAUCGGUGCAGCAGCAGGCGCCAUCGGACUUAUAUUGAUAUUCUUGGCGGCGGCUCUCAUAUGGCAUUGCUGUCAGUUUGCACUCCAACGCGAGAAAAGCAGUUACAGUCUGGAGAACGAGAGCGAGAAGAACAGUGUCGGGAGUCGUGGCUCCAACUUCUACAUCAAUAACCCGAUCGACUCGACGCUCAUCAGCGAUGAGAAGAGUGCCAUUCGAGACCAUUCCGAUCAAAACCUCAAGAGAUCAAUGUCUGCACCCAUUGACAGGGAUAGCAAUGUAUUAAAGAGUAAUACUCAGACGCCUGUAUGCGUUAAACCAAACGACAAGACCACUCGCGAGCGACUUAUUGCGUGCGACAACUCUUACGCCGUCGAUAUUGAGGACACGAUCAGCGAUCACCACAAGGACUCGAUCUCUAUUGGGAUGGAACUGAACGACCAAAACGACACAAACCCUCACAGAAGUCACGUGUAUAUAACUAACCAUGGUAUUAAUGCGGACUUCAAUUCAUUAAAGUCAAAGAGUCUGCCGUGGAGUCAGUCCAACAAACGCAGGACUGUUACCAUCGACGACGAAACGGAGGAAUUGGCGGCUAAGAUAAAGUUCACCAAAAAGCGUAAGAAUCGUAUGGCGAACGACAGCGCGGCCGCCAUCGCUAUGAACAGAAGCGGAUCCGACGCUAACCCGAAGACAAUGUACUCGCAUAAAGACACCGACACUCUCGUGGAUAAUGAAGCCAUAGUUGUUUACGACGAGAGGACUGCCUUAUAGACGACAACUCACUACUGAUUCCCUUAAUUAUUAGUCGUAAAUAUGAAACACUUAACAAAACCAUAUAUUAUUUUAUAAUUUAUAUUUAAUUUUGUAGAAAAAAGUAUUUUUUAUUCUUUAUGUGAGAAAAGAUAUGAUAAAUAUAUAUAUAAUUUGUUAUAACUUAUAGAGAAUAUGGGAAACAAAUAAUUUUGAUGAAUGUGUUAACCAAUAAGCCAUAGGAAAUAAUUAAUGAUAUAUUUAUGUGCAAAAUAUUUUAGUGAAUAUGUUUUGGAUGUGUAGAGCACCUGAACGCCAGACGAUCCCAUAUUUUAGUUGAUUAUAAUCAACACAAAAAAAUCUUUUAUUAAUAAUAAGGAUUUAAACUCAUUGAUAGUCAUCAAAUAACUAUACUAACGAUUACAUAGUUUUUUAUAUACAAUUCGUGACAAUUGAAUAUAUUAUACACUCUUUUGACAUAUUAUAUACGAAAUUAUAUACAAAUUCUUUGGACCCGUUCUCAGUGACAGUCAAUCAAAUCCAUAGAUUUACAAAUUAAUGCAAAUCUCAAAUCAUAUCGAAAUAAAUCGAGACAAAUCUGUGCCCUUUUUAUUGUGAAAUUUAUAGUCCACUCAUAACUUUUAAAUAAUAUAUUCUGAUCUGAAAACAAUUACCGAUUUAUAUUACAAAUACAGAUUAAAUCUGAAUCUCAAAAAUUAACUCAUUUUCUAAUCACUAAACUUUCACCGAUUGUAAUGACAAGUGUAUGACAAAAACAAAUAUAUUAAUUGUGCUCUCAUUUCACUCAAACUAACAUUCAAUAAAAAAGUUAAAAACAACUCGCAC